AUGAGCAAUACAUCUAGUAUAGUAGUAUUUUCACUGUCUGGCUUCAAUGCAACAGUCAACUACAGAGUCACACUUUUCUCUCUCACUGUAUUAACUUACUGUGUCAUUAUGGUCUUAAAUGUGUCUCUCAUUUUACCGGUAACCAUUAUCCUGGAUAAGAGCCUCCAAGAACCUAUGUACAUCUGUUUGUGUAACCUGUGUAUUAAUGAACUUUAUGGGACUGCAGGUUUUUACCCAAAAUUUACUUUUGAUCUUCUGUGUGAUGUUCAUAUAAUAUCAUAUGUUGGAUGUCUUUUACAAAUCUUUGUUAUUUACUCCUAUGCAAUGGUUCACUACUCUGUUUUAACUCUGAUGUCUUAUGACAGAUAUGUGGCCAUAUGUCGACCACUGGAGUAUCAUUUUGUAAUGUCACCGAGAAGGACUGCUGUUUUAGUUGCUUUGUCCUGGCUUGUACCGUUGUGCUCUAAACUUAUGGUUGUAAUUUUGACAUCUACACUGAAAUUAUGUGGCUCACACAUAGAAAAAAUCUACUGUGAGAACUGGGCAGUUGUUAAACUUGCUUGUAGUUCAACAAAAGCUAUUGACAUUUAUGGAUUGAUUGUUAUGACCUUCUAUAUAGGGCACUUCCUCUUCAUUGUAGGUUAA